AACCCAUUAACCCCUUUAAACCAGUUGUAAACCAAGUGUAGUAUAAAAUGAGCCAACAUUUCAAGCAGCCAUUCACCAUCCAGGACAACCCGCCAAGAGAUUAAAGAUGAAAGCAUCAACAGCUACAGCGAUAUCAAUCUGCAUACUCUUGCAGUACCUCACUGUGGUACAAGGAGCCUCAGGAGGGGUCACUUACGUCAGAUGGGGUAGGAAAUCUUGUCCAUAUGUGUCCGGGACAGUGCUGCUAUAUCAUGGAAUAACGGCUGGGAGUUUGUGGUCCAACACUGGAGGUGGAGCAAACUAUCUGUGCAUGCCUCAUAACCCUCAAUAUGGAGCUUAUCUAGCUGGAGUGCAGAAUUUUAGCCCUCUUUAUGGAACUGAGUAUCAGACAAACGGUGGUGGGCCAAUUGGCUCAUUUGAUCACAAUGCACCUUGUGCCGUUUGUUACGCCUCUACCAGAGCAUCACUGCUGAUGAUACCAGCUCGAAUGGAGUGCCCAACAUCUUGGACUCGUGAAUACAUUGGCUAUCUGAUGUCUACGGCUGCUAACCGCCACUAUCGAACCAUGUACGAGUGUGUUGACCGAUCUCCUGAAAGAAUUCCAGGAAGUGCGGGUGACUCAGCUGCUGCGGUGUUCUAUCAUGUGGAGGCUACCUGCAGUGGCCUACCUUGUGGACCGUAUGACACUCAGAAAGAACUGACAUGUACUGUGUGUACCAAGUAGACUCAACUAAAUGUAGCUAGUGUGUAAGGAACUGAACGUACUAACUGCUGCCUGUUGUUUUUAUUAGCUAUAGCGUUUAAGUUUCUAUAUCUGAUCAUGUUCUAUGUUUGAUCAUGAACAUAUUAUUAUUUUGCUGACUUACAGCACUGAGUAUUAAAUUGCUAAUUACA